GAUAGGGUGGGGGUGGCCGGACAAGCGAAGGAGCCCGGUACGCGCAUGCGCAAGAGGACGCCGUGGCGGCGGCGGCAGCGCUGGCGCUGGAUAGCGAAGUUGGGUGAAAGCGCCGCUGAUAAAAUGCAUAAACUUAAAUCGUCUCAGAAGGACAAGGUCCGCCAGUUUAUGGCAUUUACCCAGGCUGGUGAAAGGACUGCUAUAUACUGCUUAAUGCAGAAUGAGUGGAAACUAGAAGUGGCAACAGACAACUACUUCCAGAACCCAGACUUGUACUACAAAGAAUCCAUGAAAAAUUCAAUAGACAGAAAGAAAUUAGAACAAUUGUAUAACAGGUACAAAGACCCACAGGAUGAAAAUAAAAUUGGCAUUGAUGGUAUUCAACAAUUUUGUGACGAUUUGAGCUUGGACCCUGCCAGCAUCAGCGUUUUGGUCAUAGCGUGGAAAUUCAGGGCAGCCACUCAGUGUGAAUUCAGUAAGAAAGAAUUUGUAGAUGGCAUGACAGAAUUGGGGUGUGAUACUACAGACAAGUUAAAAGCUCUUUUGCCAAGACUGGAACAAGAAUUAAAGGACCCAAUGAAAUUUAAAGAUUUUUAUCAAUUUACGUUUAACUUUGCUAAGAAUCCUGGACAAAAAGGUUUAGAUCUAGAAAUGGCAAUUGCAUAUUGGAAUUUAGUCUUAUCAGGAAGAUUUAAAUUUCUAGAUCUUUGGAAUAAAUUUUUAUUGGAACAUCAUAAAAGAUCAAUCCCUAAAGAUACUUGGAAUCUUCUUUUAGAUUUUGGAAAUAUGAUUGCAGAUGAUAUGUCAAACUACGAUGAAGAAGGAGCAUGGCCAGUUCUAAUAGAUGACUUUGUGGAAUAUGCACGACCAGUAGUCACAGGAGGAAAGCGUAAAGCAUCCUAACCAUAGCCUCUCCUCAGUGGACUUAAGAUUGCAGUAUGAACUGCAUAAGGUAAUGAAGACAUUUUGGCCAAUAACUGUGCACACUGUUCAAUAAUCGUGGUGGGAUGCCACUGACAGAAUCGAAAUCACUACUUCUGCAUCAAAGAAAAUGAUGGCUGACUCAUGGACUCUGCAAGAAGAAAGUCAGAAGAUAGCCCAGGCUGUUUGUAGGAUAUUGGCUUCAAUUAUUGUACUGGUUGUAUCAUAUAGGAUGUAGAUUUUGCAUGAUUUUAUACUUUGAAGAAGUUUAACUAGAGGCCAUUUUAGUAAAGUUUUGACAGCACAGCAUGCCGUUCAGUUCAUAACCCAGGGUGAACACCAGCAGUUACAUAAUUACAACUGUAUUAUAUUGUACUUAUAUUAAAAGCAGUAUUUGUGGUAUAUAAAUUAAAUCUCUAAAUAAAAUGUGUGCUAUGUGGUAUUUUUAUACAAGUUAAGCAGCUGUAUAGAUCAUGCAAUGAAAUGUUUAACUGAUACAUCUCUUCAGCUUUUUGCCAGGAUUUUAGGCUUAUGAAGAGAUCAGGCAAACCCAUUUUUAAAGUCUGAUUUUUCUCAGUCCAGCAUUAUCCUAAGAGAGAGUGGUUUGUUCUUCCUCAGUGAAAUCGUAUGACACCUCUAAUGUUAAUAGUUUUCAUGUAGGAACAACUGGAGAGGUCUUGAGUUUUUCUUGGUCAAUGACUGCAUAUAUUAAGAACACUAUGGAUAUAAUUUCUCCAAAAUUGAAGGCUCAAUAAGUACAUUAAAUAUCCCUAGUAGGAGAGAUAAGUAUAUGCAUAACUCUUCCACCGAAUGCUUACAUCUGGGUUGAUUUGUGCCCACUGUCUGAGUGCUGAGUGACUUCCAACUGGUGGGUUAGAUACUAAUAGUAAUUUAGCCUUCAAAAAAUGAGUUAUACCCUAUUCUUAUGUGGGUCACAUAAGGAGCACUACCAUUUUCUUAAUUUAAAAAAGCUGUGUGGCAGAGGUAUGAUUUUAGCAAGUAGAUAUUUCUCACCCCGGCAUGGAAAGCUCUGUCUCCUAAAAUUCCUUGUUGUAGUCAACUGUUAAUAUUGUGAGAGCCCUGCCCUUUUUAUCUGGUAAUCCUAGAGAAACAAGGCAAAAGAGGCCCCUUUAUACAGGCUGAGUCUGAUAAGUUAAAAAGUUACUGCAAUAGUGGGUUGUGAGAGCCUUCCAGGUGAGUUGCCAGAUAGCCAACAGAGUGUGAAGUCAGACAGAAUAAAAAUCAGCUUCAAAACAAUAUUAAAAAGUAAAAAAUUCUGCCUAGUAAGAAAUUUGAGAACUAUGUUUGAGAUCUUCAAAUGUUGCCUAGCUUUUAUUUCUCCACUAGAUGUCAGUAUGCUAGCUCUUAGACAUCUUGCAUCCUUCUAUCCAGUUAGAAUGGAGCUGUGAAAUAUGCUAUAGCACUACCAGAAGAGUGUUCCUCUACCUUGAUGUUUGUCCACAAAUCUAUCAGUACUAACUUUUUUUUAAAGGUGGACUUUACAGCAAGAAAGGUCAACAAUGGCUAUAGUGGUGGGGGGAAGGUGAAACUGUUCUUGUUCAGUGGUAUAUAAAUGCUUAUCCUUGAAGUGUUGCACUUUUGAUGCUAAUAAUUGAUCACUGUUGCCCAAACACUUCUUAUUCUAACAAUUAUAAUGUACUUGAUACACAUUACAGAUUAACUUUGAAAACCUUAGCAGCAUAGUGUUAACUGGUUUACAUAUGAGCUGCUUGAUACACUCUGUUGGGAGUUGUCGUGUUGUAAAUUUGGGUUUCACAAGAGUCCAAAAGUUGAUUGUGACAUGAGGCUGCAACUUAUGGUAAACAAUCUCUGCAAAUCCGAGGCGUGAAUUCAGCUCCCUACCUAGUUGCUUGGUGCUGCUGCUAAGUUGCAGAGAGGUCUGACGGAAGAUUAGCCUGUUGUGCAUUUUUCACAUGACCAAGAAGAGUUCUCAUUUACUACCAAUAUAUGUAUCAAUCUACAAAAUGCUAUUUGUCUUCAAUUUAUUUUCUUAAAAUGGAAGGUCAUCAAAAAGUGUGUGUGUGGGAGGGGUGCUACUAUAAGCAUAAAAUACUACAUCAAUAUUUUUCUCUUCAUCACAAAACAGACAUUUGUGUUUCAUGUAAGGCUGGGUAAGAAUGAUUUGCUCAGGUCUGCAAGACCAGUUUAGCCUUCUCUUGUCAUAAGUGGUUUUACUUGGCUUAUCAGCUAGGUGCCUGUGACUGUCUCUCUGAUUAAAUGCCACCCCCCCCCCCCCCAGGCAGCAACCUCAAUGGCAGUGUAGGUAUUGCUGCCUUGUGGAGGGCUGCAUUUAAUCUGCAUCUCCAAAGUUUGGUUUGAGUGCUGGGUUAUGUGCAACAGAGGGAUGGCAGUGUUUGUAAACUCUGCAGUAAUUUCAAGCGUGCGGCCUAAAAAGUAAAGUAUGAUUUGUUAAAACUGCCUUGUUUUCCUUUUUAACAAUAACUGUAACAGGGAACUGAAGCAGGAAAUACUCUGUCAGUCUUUUUGAAUUUGGACCUUCUCUUCCAAGUUACUGAUGAACUUCGAAGUUGCUUGAUUUGUAAAGCAAUUUUUGUAUUACUGUAAUAAGGAACAUUUCAUAUUCCCAAAUGCAGUAUAGAAAAUAUUAAAGAUGGCCUUUCAUUCUAGCAAUGAGUGCUAGUUUUGCUUAAUUUGCAAUCCACCUUACAAAACUGCCUCUUCAAGGGAUUUGAACUACUUGGUAUUUAUAUGACACAAAUGUAUCUAUAUCUUAAUCAAGUAGUUAAAAGUUGACAACCCUACCUCACAGUAAUUGUGAGGAAAUACAGAUGAAAUAGCAGUGUACUACUUAAAUUUCUCCUGUAUGAAUGUUGCCAGAGAAUCAGAGAUCAUGAUGGAAACCUGAAACCGCAACGCUCAGCAUCCUUUGGGAAUGCCUCGUUUCCCCAAACAAAAUAAGAUUCUAAUCAAGGAGCAAAAUGAGAGGAAGCUGUUUGGAUGUUGUCAUUUGGUAUAUGGUUCACAUCAGAGCAUUGCUAAGUUACCUGCAGGGUAGGCAAAUACAAAUACAGUUUAGUUUAGAAAUCAAGUAGGCAGAGGCUUUCCAUGGUGUGCUGAACUCUACAAUUUCUUGUUCUUCAGGCUUCUGUCUCCAGAAGAAAUCAGUGUCUCUCUUAUCUCUUGUUUAUUUGCCCACCACACCCAGAGAGUGAUGAGUGACAGUAGGACAAAAAUCAAAGAAAAACACGCUCAUUUGCUCAGCCUUAAAAAUAAACCUCCUGAUUACAGCAUGUGUUUUUCUAGGUGUAGAG